CCGUUCCUCGCUUCCACACCCCGCAAUCCCACCCACAAUGUUCCGAACGGCUCUUCUCAGGUCCGCAAGGCAAGCUAUCCGUGCCGCGCCUCGAUGCCAGGCCCCAAUUGGUCGUCCCGUUGCGCGAAGCUCCCUGUUCCAGGCAAAGCAGAUCACCCCCGCCGCACGCUUCCAGGCAGUUCGAUGCUAUGCUUCGUCAUCCGGCCUGUCAAAAGAUGAGGUCGAGGGUAGGAUAAUGGAUCUGUUGAAGAACUUUGAUAAGGUCCAGGACACCUCGAAGCUGAACGGAGAAUCGCACUUCCACAACGAUCUCGGACUUGACAGCCUUGAUACUGUGGAGGUAGUUAUGGCGAUUGAGGAGGAGUUCAGCAUCGAGAUUCCAGAUAAGGAGGCGGACGCCAUCCACAGCGUCAAGCAAGCGGUAGACUACAUCCUGGCUCAGCCCGAUGCGCACUGAGUGGAGUUGACACGGCGGGUUGCUAGAUAUCAAGGACAUGGCUGGGGGAAUUGGGUAGUCGGAGG